AUAAACUUUUAGAACAUUAAGCCAUGAUGUCUCUAUCUACAACUCUCAAACCGCUUUCUCAUUUUUCACCUUUUGUUAAAAGACAUAACCCCAAAACUAACAAUACCUUGUUCACACUUGACACACAUAACUUUACAAACUCUUUUUGGUCCAAACGAGGAGGAUCUGUGUCUCACAGGAAACACACGGUCGUGGCUGUUUAUGAGGCACCGGAUCAUGUCGAGAGCUCAUGGAGAAGACUCUUGUCGGAGGUUGUGGUGGUGAGAACGAAGAGGUCAUUUUGGGAAAGGAGUUGGACUUCUUGGGACGUGAGCAAGUUAGUAAUAUUCGUCGGGACUCAUUUGUUGAGCCUCUUGGCUCCAUUUUACUUCAGUUGGGAGGCUUUUUGGGUUUUCCCUUGGCUCGUUUUCAUCAAUGGAAUCUGCAUUACCUUGUCUUAUCAUAGGAACCUUUCUCACCGAAGUUUUGAUCUGCCGAAAUGGCUCGAAUAUCUAUUUGCUUACGGUGGCGUUCUGGCUUUUCAGGGAGACCCAAUAGAGUGGGUGAGCAACCAUCGGUACCAUCAUAAGCAUUGUGAGACACAACGUGACCCACACAGCCCUACACAAGGGUUUUGGUUUAGUCACAUGGCAUGGAUAUUUGAUACAAGUUCUAUCCUUGAGAAUUGUGGUGGAGAGGAGAAUGUAGAUGACCUUGUGAGGCAGCCCUUCUAUAGGUUCCUUCAGCGAACGGUCCUAUUGCAUAUGAUGGCUUAUUCCUUCCUCUUCUAUUUUUGUGGAGGCAUGCCUUUACUCGUCUGGGGAAUUGGUAUCACAAUUGCGGUUCGACUUCACCUGACUUUUCUGGUGAACUCAGUUUGUCAUAUAUGGGGAACACGAGCAUGGAACACAUCUGACUUCUCCAAAAACAAUUGGUGGGUAGCAAUUUUAACACUUGGCGAGGGAUGGCAUAACAAUCAUCAUGCGUUCGAGUUCUCGGCCAGGCAUGGACUCGAAUGGUGGCAGCUCGACAUUACUUGGUGUCUCAUUAGAUUUCUUGAAGCUAUUGGUUUGGCCACUAACGUUAAGUUACCUACUGAAACUCAAAUGAAGGGAAAGGCUUUGGUUUGAUCUCUGCUCCUCCUGCUUCCAUCUCCAACUACGAAUCACUAUUUCUUCAGUAGUUAGAGCUGUGAUUUGUUGUGUCUAAAGAACACCAAGACUUUAUAAACAAUCUUUUUAUCUACAUA